AUGGACUCGUUCCUCCGGCUCUUCAGUAGGCGCAAGCAGUCGGCUGUGGCGGUGGAUGAAUUUACAGAGGACGAUGUGUACGAGAUACACCAACAGGACUUCAACUUCCGGAAGCUUAUUAUGGCUUGCACCCUUCGAUUUGACCAUGUGCUGGACGCUGACAAGUUGCAUGAUGGAUUGGCACGGCUGUUGGAGAUGGGAGACUGGAGGAAACUCGGUGGAAGGCUGAGACAUAAUGCAGACGGAAAGUUAGAAAUUCACGUUCCGAAACAAUUCUCCCUCAAGAGGCCGCCCGUUACAUUCUCUCGUGAGAAUUUAUCCAAUAUGUCCAUUAUGGAUCAUGGUCUCGCCUGCAAACUACCUGUCCCGACAGGGAAGACGUCUAUACAGCCGAAUCCGUACAAUCUGAUUGAGCUGGCGGUGCGCGCAAAUAUACCAAAGACCAUUGAUGAAAUGGUAGACUGCGAUUUACCGCAAAUAUCCCUGCAUAUCAUCUCGUUCAAGGAUGCUACGCUCGUUAGCAUAUCGUGGCCACACUCUCUUAUGGGCGGCCAGGGGUUCGUGGCUCUUUUGCAUGCCUGGUCCCUGGUGCUCGGUGGCAAAGAGAAGGAGGUGCCACGGUUUCUAGGCGUGCGCAACGAUGUGCUAUUAGAGAUGGAGGAAAAGGAGUCUCCAUCGACAAGGCAAAAAUGGAUUGUCCAGAAAGAUCGUCUAAGAGGGGGGAAGUUAUUCUCGUUCAUUUUGCGCCUGGCCUGGAGUCUGCUGUGGAGUCCUCGGGAGGUAAAGUCUGUGUUCAUCCCCAAGGUGGCACUGGAACGGUUGGUGAGUGUGUGUCGAGAUGAAAUUAUGGACCAAAAUGAAUCGUUUGAUGAAGAAGUGACUCUUUUGGCCUGGUUUUCAAGACUCGCUGCAUCGGCAACACCAGCCAGCAAGCCCGUCACAAUUGUAAACUUCCUUAAUGCUAGGAGACCUCUGGCGGCAAUGCUUGACCAAAGUGGCGUCUAUGUUCAGAACAUGUCGGGGUAUACAUUUUCGUUCUUAACUGGCCAGGUCGCAAGAGGCAGACUUGGUCUGCUUGUGAAAGAGCACUCCCGCCACAUUCGAGAGCAG